AUGGCCACACUGACACCGACCUGAUCAACAGUUUUGUUCAUUUUUUAAUCCGGCCCGCAAAACAACAAUUCGCUCUCUUCCAAUCAGUUAUAUUUUUUUUAUUUAGUGUGAAGAAUAAGAGCGAAAAGAACUAAUUGGAAUUGAACGCAUCAGUGCAGUUGACGGCCUUUGUUGUUGCUGUAGUUGUUCCCGUUUCAUGUUCUUGUUUUUGAUUUAACUGCGUGCAUAGAAUUUGUGAAAAGAGAAAGUUCUCCACCCGCCAUCUCUCCACACCUCUUUCUUCUUCUGUCGUGGGCUCCUCUCUUUCACUCGUGCGUCUCGUGGACGGACAGACAGCUUACGGUCGUGGCCCAAAAACUGCGCCUGCGCAGCGACAAUUUCACAACUAAUUGAGGUCGAUCAGCUUGCAAUACUCUUUUUGGCAUCAAUUCAAAUGGGCACCAAGCAGACAGUGUCCCCUGUGGCAACAAAAAAUUCCUCACACGGAUCACCCUCUAAACUAAAGGCUAGCUCCACAUCAUCAUCAUCCGCAAUGGCCAAUGGCAAGCCGAAGGAGGCGAAUGCCCUGCCGCCACAAAAGUCGGUGGUGGUGGCCUACAUAUGCUGGCUGUUUGGCGGUAUCUUUGGACUGCAUCAUUUGUAUCUGCAUCGGGAUCGCCAUGCCUUCAUCUGGUGGUGUACUCUCGGCGGCUACAUGGGCAUCGGCUGGAUGGGUGAGCUCUUCCUGAUCCCGGAAUAUGUGAGAGAUGCCAAUGAGGAUCCGCAGUUUGUGAAGCAGUUCGUUGCCAAGCUGCAGGCCUAUCCGAAGCCACCGUAUUCCUCGAAGCGAUUCGUUGGUCAGGUGAUGAUUGGCCAUCUGUUUGGACAGGUGUGCUCGAUGGCCAUACCAGAGACUCUAGUUGGUGGCUGGGACCUGAGCUUCCUGCACUGGGCGAUACCCAUCUUUGUGUCCCUGGGCGUCUGGCUGGUGGGCAAUAUUGGCCGGGAGCAGGGUGUCUGGUGGCACUGCCUCCUGGCCGCUUGUCUGGCCUAUCCGGCCAGGUAUCUGAUAUACGAUGAGACCUACUCCCUACUGCUUACUGGACUGAUUUCGGCGCUUACCUUUGACGGCAUCUCCAAGCAGUGGCGGCGCACACCGCCCAGGCGCGGCAGUCCCGGGGAGCGGACCUUCAAGCUAACCACCGCUGUGAUCAUUUACUGCGCCUUCUGGGGUAGCUUUUUGUACUUCAAUGGCACCAUUUCGGAUGAGGAUGGCGGCGAGGUGCCCAUCCACGAGGCUCUGCACAACUUUUUGGCCUCUGCCUGGUGGACGGAUCUCAAGCAGGCCCUGCAGGAUACCUACAAUUAUGCUCAGCACCAUGGCUGGUAUGAGACCUGGAAGGAGGUGUUCGAGAGCAUGGAUGUGGAUGGGGAGCGAAAUUCGUACAAGGUGCUCGGCGUUAGUGCCACAGCCUCGCAGGCGGAGAUCACGGCCGCCUACAGGAAGCUCUCCAAGGAGCACCAUCCCGAUAAGGUUAAGGAUGAGGCUUUGAGGGCCCAGGCUCACCAGCGUUUCAUUGAGAUCCAGCAGGCAUACAGCGUGCUUAGCAAGAUCAAGUCGAAUCGCCGUCGCAAGAACAAGCAGUACCAGCAGGAGGACGAAGCCAUUGUCCUUUGAGAACGAAGCGGAAACGGGUCUCCGCUACCCCAUUUAUUUUUAGAUAGCAUGUAGAUAAAUAUAUAGUUGCAUCACGGUCCAGUAAAGAGACAGAGAGAUACCACUCUAAACGAUUUUGUUGGGCUUUAUAAAAAAAAUCACACACUGAUUCUAGUUACUUAACUAAGAAGAGAAUUCCCUUACAGGGUAUAUUCAAGUCGCUUAAAUAGCAUUUCUACUUUUAAAAAUCGCUAAAUUGUUAUUAAAAAAAAAACACGCCGACUCUGGUUAAUCAAAAGAAAAAAGAAUCCCUUUACAGAGUAUCGCCAAGUCGCUUAAAUAUAAUUUCUAUUUUUAAAAAUCUCUAAAUUGUUAUAAAAUAACCCCCCCCCAACUUCUAGUUAAUUAAAUGAUAAAACAAUUCCUUUACAGGGUAUCCAUAAGUCGCUUAAAUAUCAUUUCCACUUUUAAAAAUCUCUAAAUUGUUAUACAAAAAUCUAGUUAUUAAAAUGAAAAAAAAGUAUCCCUUUACAGGGUAUCCCCAAGUCGCUUAAAUACCAACUCUACUUACACCUUUGCCUUCGUAGGAAAAUAAAUGUAUGUAUAUUAGCUUCGCUUACGUGGGCGAUGCUUUUAAAUAAUUCCAAAUUGAAAUAAUUGAUGCGUGACAGACGGCAUUUCCAUUUUAUAUUUAUAUUCAUUUAUUUAUUUUAUUUUAUAUAUUUAUUUUACAUAAUAUAAUGAACUACUUAACAGGCUAAGCUCAAAAAAAAAAGUGUAUUUAUUUUUUUCCUUUUCUUCUCACAAACAAUAUUGAUUUGCGUGUGUGAUUGGAUUGUGUGUGUGUUUUUUUUGCACUAAUAUUUAGGUAAAACGUUUAAAUAAAAAACAAAAUGUAUUUAUAAGUAUAUCUUUUGUUGCUUUUUAUGGUUUCUUAUUAAGUGUGUCUUUUUUUUUUGUUUUAAUCUUAAUUGCCAUCGCAGGGAGUUUGUUUGAAGAAGAACAACAACAAAUCGAAACUCGAAAAAAUCGUAACAAUAUACAUACAAUAUAUAAGGUUUACGGGGAGGAAAAAAAAGAAAAAAUAUAUAAACAGGAAACAAUAACUCGCUUAAAUGUAGUUUAAAACAUAAUACUGAGCAAAAAAUGUGUGUAUAUAACAUUUUGCCUACUAGAUUUUUUGCUUUCUCUUCUUCUCUUUUCUAUUUGUUUUUUUUGUUUUGCUUUUGUUUUUUUUUAUUCUUUUUUCUUGUAAUAUUUAUGUUAUAUUAAGUAAUUGCAUUUCAUUUUUGCACUGCUUUUUCGAUAUAUAUACACAUAUAUUUUUUAAAUACACAUAUAUAUAUAUUUCAUUAAGGCCAGUAUGUGUAUUUUUAAAAACUUUACAAAUUUGACUAUUUCCAUACGAAUCUUGCUUCUUUUUUGUGACUGUGUUUCGUGUCUGUGUGUUUGUGUUUGUUUGUUUAUCACGCUUUCUUUUUCCUUUUUUUCUAUUUUUUAACAAAAAAAAAAUGUACAAAAAACGGAAGUUUAUUACAAUUUCUUUUAGUGUAUAUACUACAGUUUAAAGUACGAUUUAAAAUAAAAUAACAAUUUAUUAGGCAUCGUGGGCACGCACACUGCUACAGUGUGUGUGUCUCGUUUGUGUAUGUGUGUGUGUGCUCGCGUAGGUGUGGCUUUUGUAUGGUUGUGUGAGUGUCCUUACACCUAGACUAACACACAAUAGGUUUUGCUUUGCAUCUCUUCCCGAUAUCUUCACUUUGUUUUUUGUUUUUGUUUUUUUUUUCGAUCUCUUUCUCUGUAUGUACAAACUAAAGUAAAGCCAAACUCGCUUGGUCUUUGAGCUAAAUGGGGUUCUUCCGGGUGGGCGGAGAGGGUAGUGAAGGGGGAAUUGAAAAUGUUCUACUACAAAACUACAACCACAAAAGUAUGCUUUCUUUUCUCUCGAUCAGCGCCAUUUCUUUUUGAUUAAUGUAUUUCUCUUUUUUUAUCGAUAACGCGAUUCCCGGCUUCUCUUAGCUCUCUUCUCUUUUCCUUCUCUCUUUGUAUUUGACAUUUGCCACUUUUUUUUUCCAGUUGGUCUUAUCCUGGCAUUGCUCUCUCUUUUUUCUCUCUCUAUCGAUAACUUGAUGGAAUGUAGAAGUUUGUGUGUGUGUUUGCGGAGUGUGCAGUUAGG